AUGUCGGGCGUCGAAGCCAUCAGCAUGGCCUGCAACGUCAUGACGGUCAUCAGCUUCAGCUUGGAGACCAUCAAGCUUUAUCGCAGCAUACACGAGGCCGGCAGCUCAGAUCCUGAGCUCGCUAAGAAAGCUGAGCACAUUCGAGAAACAUCCGACGAAGUGGAACGGCUGCUACUCGAGCAACAGCAGCUUGAUCCAGCACAGCGAGUGAUGACUUCGGAGGCAGAAAGACGGCUUCGGGACAUCGCUGCCGAGUGUCUCCAGUAUUCCAAGGACAUCGAAGAGGAGAUCGCUUCAGCUUCUCCCAAGAAGUCCGGCAUUCCCCGGGCGUUGAGAUCUACAGUGAAAACCAUUUGGCGAAAGCCCCAUCUUGAUCAGCUCAAAUGCCAACUUCAAGCAUCGCAAAGCACAAUGGAUACCGAUGUCAAUGUCCAAAUUCUCGAACAAUGCAUUACCUCUGGCAGUCUGAGUCGCAAAAUUUACGACAUGCUUGAUUCGAAAGAGCAUAGCUUCAUCGAGAAGUAUAAAAAGCGGUCGAAAGUCAUUGAGGACCUCAUCAAACAGCUUCCGGGUCACAUCAACGAAGAACACGUCAAGACUCGCGGCCAUAACAUGACAGAACACAUCACUACCCGCGAGACCUUAACGACUACGAUCGGCCUGUGA